AUGUCUUUUAACAGAGGAAAUCCCGAUUUUCCUUUGGAAGCUCUUAAAGUUCACGGUCCAAAUUAUUUAAAACAUGCUUUAACUAGUUGUACAGAUCCUUUAAAGGCGAUUGAAGAAUUUCAGGUUACUAAUGGAAUUCUUUUGCCUUCCUUGAGACCAAUGCUACCAUUAUUAGAUUUACAUGGAGUUAGGCGUUUGGAUUUUCACAUGUCCGUGGUAGAGGAAUUAAGAGAAAAGCUCAUCAACCACAUAAAUGAAAUAGGAAAACAAGAAGGAAAAGAGCGUGAUCACAAACUAAAGGAACUCUUAGUAAAAAGCUUUCCAGUUGUUAAAGUAAAAGCUAUGAGACCAAUAGUGAUGGCAAUUUUAAAAAAUACGGCUCAAAUAGAUGAUCACUAUUUAAAAGUUUUGGUUAGAGACCGCGAACUAUAUAAUGACACUGAUACUGAAGUUAAGAGACAAAUUUGGAAGGAUAAUCAGUCAUUAUUUGGGGAUGAAGUUUCUCCGCUACUAAGUCAGUAUAUUACCGAAAAAGAAAAUGUACUAUUUGAUCAUAUGAACUUAAGUACACAAUUUUUCGGACCUUCUCCGAAGGUCAGACGGCAGGGGGAAGUUGUACAGAAAUUGGCUCACAUGAUAGGAAACAGUGUGAAAUUGUAUGACAUGGUAUUACAAUUUUUAAGGACGUUAUUUCUACGUACACGAAUCGUACACUAUUGUACCCUAAGGGCAGAACUUCUAAUGGCGUUGCACGACUUAGAAGUUCAAGAUAUUAUUUCCAUAGAUCCUUGUCAUAAGUUCACUUGGUGUUUAGACGCGUGCAUCAGAGAGAAGAAUGUGGACAUAAAGAGGUCGAGAGAACUGCAAGGGUUUUUAGAUAACGUUAAAAGGGGACAAGAGCAAGUACUGGGAGAUCUGUCGAUGACAUUAUGUGACCCGUAUGCCAUAAAUUUUCUAGCUACGUCGGCCAUAAAAAUUCUACAACAUUUGAUACAUAACGAGGGUAUGCCACGGGACAACACAAUCUUGAUACUCCUGCUGAGAAUGUUAGCUUUGGGAUUGAGUGCGUGGGUGAUGAUCGAUUCCCAGGACUUCAAGGAACCAAAGCUGGACAGCCAAGUGGUGACUAAGUUCUUGCCCGCCCUUAUGUCGCUGAUGGUCGACGAUCAGGUUCGUCAGUUAUCGACGAAGCUGCCUCCCGACGAAAGAGAAGCGGCCAUAACUGUGAUUGAACAUUCGGGACCACUGCCUGAUGCGGUCGAGGCUUACAUUCAGGACAGCACGGUUGCCAGCAUACUGGCCAUGUAUUAUACCCUGCAUGUGGCGCGGCUGAAAGAUAGGGUUGGCCUGCUCAGGAUUCUUACCGUUCUGGCUAAUUGUAAGGACGACAGGGCUUUUGAAGAUCCAUUCCUGCACUCGCUGGUUUGUCUUCUCAUUCACAAUCCCGAAGAGUUCCAAGCGGAAGAUUUCUGCACGGCUUUGUUCGACGAAUUCUUCUUCGCGGGCCUGUCGCGGGAUAACGUAACGAGGCAUCUGCUGAAAUUAUUGUGGUACGUCCACCAUAAGUUGCCUGCCAACAGACUACUCUCUUUGAUGAAAGCGUUGCAGCCCACGCAUCAGCACAGCGAGAAGGUUCAUACGCUCUUUAAACUUCUGCAAGAUAAAAUUAAUUCGCAGGAAGAAUCGACCGCCCCCACCGACAUGGAUAUCGAUAUCAACUCUCCUCUAAUGAGCGUUCCUACCCCAGCGCCAUAUCAUCAUACUUUGUAAAUAUAUUUUUUUUGUUUUCGUUGCAGAAAGUUAACUUUGAAUAAAUUCUUUUAUUUAUUA